AAGCAGAAGAAUCAAGAGCAAUGAUGGAAAAGUGUAGGAGAGAGACGUUGCUUCUCAUUUUCCUAACAAUAUCAUCAGUGGCAAGCGGCACAACAAGUCCAUGGAUUCCGAUGGAUGGAAAUUAUGGUGCUAGCUAUUGCUUAAGCUGGAGACUAGCAGUAGAGACCAACAAUGUACGUGCGUGGCGCAUUGUUCCUCUGCAGUGUCUGCGUUACGUUGAGGUAUAUAUGCUUGCUGGUCAGUAUGACAGAGACGUCCAGUUGACUGUGGACCAAAUCAAGGUUUAUCUCAAUGAGAUCGUCCUUCCUGGUGAUGGCAUGGACGCAUGGGUCUUGGAUGUUGAUGAUACUUGCUUCUCAAACGUCUUUUACUAUCGCCUUAAGAGAUAUGGAUGUGACCCUUAUGAUCCAACCGGAUUUAGAACAUGGGCGAUGAAAGGAGAGUCUCCAGCAAUACAACCUGUUCUUGAAUUGUUCAAUAAACUGAUAGAAACAGGCUUCAAAGUAUUCCUAGUAACCGGAAGAGACGAAGAGACCCUUCGCCAAGCAACACUAGAGAAUUUGCAUAACCAAGGAUUCACUGGUUAUGAAAGGUUGAUUAUGAGGACAGCAGAUAGCAAAAGACAAAGCGCAAUAACAUACAAAACAAGAAUCAGAAAGGAAAUGAUGGAAGAAGGUUACAGGAUAUGGGGAAAUGUAGGCGACCAAUGGAGUGACUUACAAGGAGAAUAUUCAGGGGAUCGUACCUUCAAGAUUCCUAAUCCUAUGUACUUCGUUCCCUAAUCAAGAAUUUUACUAUAACCAAUCAAAUACAUGUACAACAUACACAAAGGGUAUGUCUCAACUUAAGUUCUGUGUUAAGACAUUAGUUUCUCCUAAUGCCAUCAAAACAAGCCCUUACAAAUUCAAGAGAUCAGCUCAUAAAACCCCAAAAUGGAUAAAAGUGACUAUCACCA